AUGUGGAUGAACAUGGGGUAUUGGAAGAACGCCACCACUUCAACGACAUUAAGCGAAGCCUGUCGAGACAUGCUGAACGUAAUCCUUGCUGAGGCCGGCCUUUCAAGCGACAAAGGCCCAGCAGCACGGAGAAGAGCCUUGGUGGAUCUGGGCUUCGGAUGCGGGGACCAAACCAUCUAUCUCAUGAGCAAGGAACCUAUUCGAGCGUGCGACAAAGACUGGUGGGAUGAAAGAGAUCGGUGCGCCACAUUCCAUGAUUACAUUGGCAUCACGAAAGAUGCAGUGCAGGCUCGAUACGCCUCGGAGCGACUUGCCGAGCUCAAGAAGAAUACGACGAAGGCGGUAUCUCCUGAGAUGGAAGAUGGUGGAAACCCCACGAUAUCUCUCUUCUGUGCCGACGCGUCGAAACCCAAGUCCUGGAACCAACAGAUGCAAACAAAGUUGCAGCUUGCGAAGGACGAUACAGAAGAGCGUUGGGUGUUGGCACUAGACACAGCAUAUCACUUCGCCCCCUCACGCUGGCCCAUCAUUGAGUACGCUCACUCAGAGCUAGAAGCAAACUGGAUGGCCUUUGAUCUAUGUCUCUCUCCUACCGCUACAUGGGCCCAGAGGAUGACGCUUCGCCUUCUCACUGCCCUCAUGGGUGCGCCCUGGGCGAACUUCACCACACCACAAGGGUACCGCGAGAGGCUGGAGCAGAUAGGAUACAACCCUGAAGCCAUCACCACCACUGACAUCUCAGAACAUGUGUUCGCGCCACUGGCAGCAUUCCUGAAAGAGCAGGACGACAGGCUCAAGAUGUUAGGAUUAGGCUUAGGUCGCUUUGGUGUCGCGAAAGCCAUGUUCGGCUGGUGGGGGCGGACCGGAGUUGUGCGUGGCGUAGUAGUGGUCGCGAAGAAAUGA